AUGGGGUUAGGUUUCGCGAAGCUAUUUAGCCAGAUUUUUGCCAAGAAGGAGAUGCGAAUUCUGAUGGUUGGUCUUGACGCUGCUGGUAAAACCACUAUCUUGUACAAGCUCAAGCUUGGAGAAAUUGUCACCACCAUCCCCACUAUUGGUUUCAAUGUGGAAACUGUGGAAUACAAGAACAUCAGUUUCACUGUCUGGGAUGUUGGUGGUCAGGACAAGAUCCGUCCCUUGUGGAAGUACUAUUUUCAGAACACUCAGGGUCUUAUCUUUGUUGUGGACAGUAACGACCGAGACAGAGUUUUUGAGGCUAAAGAUGAACUUCACAGGAUCCUCAAUGAGGAUGAUCUGCGUGAUGCUGUGUUGCUUGUGUUUGCCAACAAGCAAGAUCUUCCAAACGCCAUGAAUGCAGCUGAGAUCACAGAUAAGCUUGGCCUUCACUCCAUGCGUCAGCGUCACUGGUACAUUCAGAGCACAUGCGCCACUUCAGGUGUAGGUCUCUACGAAGGUCUAGAGUGGCUAUCAAACAACAUCUCCAGCAAGGCCUGA